GCGCUCGUGAAAUGACUGCUUAAGUAGAGGAGUAGAGGAAGAAGAGAUUACUGUAACAGAGGAGACGAGAAGAGAAUGGGGAAUUCGUUUGGAUGCUCAGCGUCAGGGGAGAGAUUGGUGUCGGCAGCGAGGGAUGGGGAUUUGGUGGAAGCAAAGAUGCUGCUGGAGUUCAACCCUUGCCUCGCCAAGUACUCCACCUUCGGCGGCCUUAACUCUCCUCUCCACUUCGCUGCUGCUAAAGGCCACAACGAGAUUGUUGCUUUGUUGCUCGAGAAUGGUGCCGACGUCAACUCCAGGAAUUACUGCGGCCAGACGGCUUUGAUGCAGGCUUGCCGGUAUGGGCACUGGGAAGUUGCACAGACACUUCUGCUGUUCAGAAGCAAUGUUACUAGAGCAGACUACCUCAGCGGGCGGACAGCACUGCACUUUGCAGCUGUAAAUGGGCAUGUUAGAUGUAUAAGACUCCUUGUGGCGGAUUUCAUCCCUAGCGUUCCCUAUGAAGUUAUCAGUGCUCAGGCCAAUGGCGACAGGGGGGAUGGUUCAAAAUUGAGGACCAAAUACGACCAACCUGCACUAUCCAAGUUUGUGAACAAGGCUGCAGACGGUGGUAUAACUGCUCUUCAUAUGGCUGCCCUGAAUGGAUAUUCGGAUUGUGUACAGCUGCUACUUGACAUUAAUGCAAAUGUCUCAGCUGUAACAUUUCACUAUGGAACAUCAAUGGAUUUGAUAGGAGCUGGAAGCACUCCUUUGCACUAUGCUGCUUGUGGAGGAAACCUAAAAUGCUGUCAGAUCCUUCUUUCAAGAGGUGCUAGCCGGUUGACAUUGAACUGCAACGGGUGGCUGCCACUGGAUGUUGCGAAGAUAUGGAGUCGUCAUUUACUUGAACCACUUUUGACACCCAAUUCUCAGUUGAUAGUACCAACAUUUCCUCCAUCUAAUUAUCUUUCUCUGCCUCUCAUGAGUGUUCUUAAUAUAGCAAGAGAAUGUGGAUUGCAAUCUUCAGUAAUUACAUCUGAUGACAAUGAUACUUGUGCUGUCUGCCUGGAGCGAGCAUGUAGCGUAGCUGCUGAAGGUUGUGGACAUGAGCUCUGCGUUAGGUGUGCACUCUAUCUCUGCUCAACCAGCAACAUCCCUUCUGAAAUGGUUGGUCCACCAGGAUCCAUUCCAUGUCCACUGUGUAGACAUGGCAUAAUAUCUUUUGUCAAAUUGCCUGAUUCCCCAGCGAAGGAGCUCAAAGUACAUCUUUCUCUUGGCCUCUGUACCCCAUGCAUGCUACACCGAUGUGAUCCAGACAUGCCUACAUCAGCCUGGAGACCUGAGAUACGCAAGAAUCGUGUUGCCUCAAUCUCUUCAGAUCUUCUAUGCCCUGUCUCCUGUAGUCCAUUCCCAUCUGUUGCAAUUCCUUUGUGCACAUGCGACGAUUGUCCAUGCCCAUCUCUGGAACCCCAGGAAGGAGAAACAAGAGAGGAAUCUUCUGCUGACACACAAGGCACAUCAGUCGAGGAAGUUAAAAUGGAAGGAACUAGACUUGUGAAAGCUAGUUGUUCAAGUAUUUUCUGGAGCAGAAGAAGCUGCCACAGGGAACAUCUGUGCAAUUCAGAAAUAAAUGCUUGAUUUGUAUAGUGGAGAACCCUGCUUGUAGAAAGCUAGAGUGUUGGUAAGAAACAGAUGCACAGGUGCAUGGUUUUGGUCUUGAUCUGCAGCCGUGGUGGAUAGUCAUUCUGUCUAUGCUUGUUUCACCGCUGCCAACUUCAUUUAAAUAGAAACAUGGUGAUAUCAUUGACCACAUGGAGCUGGAACUUGAAGAGUCUUUGAAAGAUCUUUGAUGAUGGAUUUGUGAUCUCUGUAUGUCUUGAACAUAAGACAUGUAACUGGAUGAAAAUGAAAGUGAGGGAUAUGGGUUACUUUUCGGUUAUAGCAAUGAUACAGACAUUUCUAUUCAUUUUUCCUCAGA